UGAAAAUAAGAAGGGGGAGAGUGUUAUACAAAGAAACUGAGAAAUAAACACUUGCUGGAAAUAAGAUACCCAAGGAUCUGCCAUCAUGAAUGGAACUGAAGGCCAGAAUUUCUACGUUCCCAUGUCCAACAAGACUGGUGUUGUUCGGAGUCCAUUUGAAUACCCUCAGUAUUAUCUGGCAGACCCGUGGCAGUACUCAGCGCUGGCGGCUUACAUGUUCCUCCUGAUUCUUCUGGGAUUUCCUAUCAACUUUCUGACUCUCUUUGUCACCAUCCAGCACAAGAAACUCAGAACACCCCUGAACUACAUCCUUCUAAACCUGGCCAUAGCCAAUCUCUUCAUGGUCUUAAUGGGCUUCACCACUACCAUGUACACGUCUAUGAAUGGAUAUUUCAUUUUUGGGACAAUAGGCUGCAACAUUGAAGGAUUCUUUGCUACAAUGGGCGGUGAGAUAGCCCUGUGGUCUCUGGUAGUCUUGGCUGUUGAAAGAUACGUGGUGGUCUGCAAGCCUAUGAGCAAUUUCCGCUUCACUGAGACCCAUGCCAUGAUUGGGGUAGGUUUCACUUGGAUCAUGGCCUUGGCCUGUUCUGGUCCUCCUCUCCUUGGAUGGUCAAGAUACAUCCCAGAAGGUAUGCAGUGCUCAUGUGGAGUUGAUUAUUAUACACCAAAUCCAGAGACUAAUAAUGAGUCCUUUGUCCUUUAUAUGUUUCUGGUCCAUUUUGUCACACCCUUGACUAUUAUCUUCUUCUGCUAUGGACGCCUUGUCUGUGCAGUGAAACAGGCUGCAGCUCAGCAACAGGAAUCUGCCACCACCCAGAAGGCUGAGAAAGAAGUCACUCGCAUGGUCAUCAUCAUGGUCAUUUCCUUCCUGGUUUGCUGGGUCCCUUAUGCCAGCGUGGCUUUUUACAUCUUCACUCAUCAAGGCUCUGACUUCGGCCCCGUCUUUAUGACUAUCCCGGCUUUCUUUGCCAAGAGUUCGGCAAUCUACAAUCCAGUGAUUUACAUCCUAAUGAAUAAACAGUUCCGCAACUGUAUGAUCACUACCCUCUGCUGUGGAAAGAAUCCUUUAGCUGAAGAGGACACUUCUGCUGGCACCAAGACAGAGACUUCCACAGUCUCCACAAAUCAAGUCUCCCCUGCAUAGCUCCAUCAACAAAACCUUCCACUAUGGAAGGAUUCACCUGCAUGACUGCACUGUUCCCAUCUUCACUGCCGUCUCUUGUCUGCAGCAAACUACUUGCAAUGCAUUUUGAAGAAUGAACUCUGUCUGACUUGGACAAAGAGAAAAACAAGGUUAUAUUUUUCUGACUCCACUAGGAAGUGCACAUCAACUCAGGUCCAUGACUGUGACAAGUUGUAUGUUUCAAUGCCCCUAGCGUUCACCUCUCUAAGACCCUGCGUACCUUGCGUAGAUUAAUUACCUGUCUGGGGCAGCUCUGGCUUGCAUUGUCACAAUAUAUUUCGUCCUGGUCUUCAACGGUUGGGUGUGUGUACAUAAGAUUGCCUGGGGCCAAAUGGCUGUCCCUAAGGAUGUGUUCCUCCUCCUGCUGGUUUCCCAUCCUUCUCUUUGGUUCCCUCUCACCUCAACUUUUUAUAACAUGAAGUACUGUGUACUCAUUCAGCUUGGGGUUUGUUAUUUUCCUUUCUCAUUUCUUAUUAUGCAUAUAUUUAUUGGAAAUUAAUUUACAGAGGUGUUAUAAAAGAAAAAUCUCCUCAACCUCACAUGCGAGGCAAGCGGAUGACAAUCGGGACAUCAAAUUUAUAAUUAUUUCCUAUCCUCAUGCAUUCUGGAUCGUUAAGCAGGGUGCAGUUUUUCUACAAUUCAGUCAAACAUCCAGUGCAAUAAAACUGCAGGACACCUUCCCAACAUCAGUGCU